GCAUGUUCACUGAUGUUGACGUUUUUAUCAGUGGGUUUAUGUUCUAACUAACUGCAAGGUUAAGUGUUUAUCGUAUACGGGUUCUGAAAUAUUUGUAGAUUGUUUCCGAGAUGGGAAAGCCGAAAAAGAAGAGUGACUUGAGCCGUGCAGAACUGAUGAUGAUGACAAUUGCAGAUGUCAUCAAGCAGCUGGUUGAGGCCCACGAACAGGGAAAAGAUAUUAACCUUAACAAAGUCAAGACGAAGACAUCUGCCAAAUACGGUCUCUGUGCACAGCCACGGCUUGUGGACAUUAUUGCUGCAGUGCCGCCUCAUUAUCGAAGAGCCUUGGUGCCCAAACUGAAAGCCAAACCUAUCCGCACUGCCAGUGGGAUUGCAGUUGUUGCUGUGAUGUGCAAGCCUCAUCGCUGUCCACACAUCAGCUUCACUGGCAACAUCUGUGUCUACUGCCCAGGGGGUCCGGACUCAGAUUUUGAAUAUUCCACACAGUCUUACACAGGAUACGAGCCCACGUCAAUGAGAGCCAUCCGUGCACGAUAUGAUCCCUACCUCCAGACUAGGCAUCGAGUAGAACAGCUCAAGCAGCUGGGUCACAGCGUGGAUAAAGUGGAGUUCAUUGUGAUGGGAGGCACAUUCAUGGCUCUGCCGGAGGAAUACAGGGACUAUUUCAUCCGUAACCUCCACGACGCGCUGUCAGGACACACGUCCAACAACGUCACUGAAGCUGUCAGGUACUCUGAACGCAGUAACACCAAAUGUGUCGGCAUCACGAUUGAGACCAGACCGGACUACUGCCUGAAGAGACACUUGAGUGACAUGCUGGCCUACGGUUGUACCAGACUAGAGAUCGGCGUACAGAGUGUUUAUGAGGAUGUGGCUCGUGAUACCAACAGGGGACAUACAGUUCGGGCUGUGUGUGAAUCUUUUCAACUUGCUAAGGAUGCUGGUUUUAAAGUUGUAGCCCACAUGAUGCCAGACUUACCCAAUGUCGGCAUGGAAAGAGACGUGGAGCAGUUUAUAGAGUUUUUUGAGAACCCUGCGUUUAGACCAGAUGGGCUCAAACUUUACCCUACGCUGGUGAUUCGAGGCACUGGACUGUAUGAGCUGUGGAAAACGGGCCGCUAUAAGAGCUACUCUCCCAGUGCGUUGGUGGAUCUGGUAGCACGAAUACUAGCCUUGGUCCCACCAUGGACUCGUGUGUAUCGUGUACAGAGGGAUAUCCCCAUGCCAUUGGUGAGUUCUGGGGUGGAACAUGGAAAUCUGAGAGAGCUGGCAUUGGCCAGAAUGAAAGACAUGGGCACUGAGUGUAGAGACGUCCGAACCAGAGAAGUGGGCAUUCAAGAGAUUCAUCACAAAGUUCGACCAUAUCAGGUCGAGCUGAUCCGCAGAGACUAUGUGGCUAAUGGGGGCUGGGAGACCUUCCUGUCUUAUGAGGACCCCGAGCAGGACAUUUUAAUUGGUCUCCUGCGUCUUCGUCGCUGUUCACCACAGUCCUUCCGGCCCGAGUUGAAGGGUGGCGUGUCCAUUGUUCGGGAGCUGCAUGUCUACGGAAGCGUGGUCCCUGUCAGCAGCCGAGACCCAAGCAAGUUCCAGCACCAGGGUUUUGGGAUGAUGUUGAUGGAGGAGGCCGAGAGGAUAGCCAGGGAUGAGCACGGCUCGGGCAAAUUGGCUGUUAUCUCAGGUGUCGGAACGAGGAAUUACUACAGAAAAAUGGGUUAUGAACUGGAGGGGCCGUAUAUGGUGAAAAACCUUUACUGAAGCAGAGAGGAAUUCAAACCAAGAUGCAUCAUAUUCCCUGGAGAAUUUCGUCUGACAUGCAGGACACUCACUUUAAGGGCAUCUUUACCCCCUGUCAAUAAUUGGACUGGGCAUGAGGACUAGAGAGGGUGUAUGUGGUCAGCACAAAGCAAACUGCACUAUUCUGCUACAUGCCAGCCAAAGAGUUUUCUGUAUGUGUUUUGUCAUGAAGACCAUGAUGCAAGUAUCAGUGCUUGUUAGAAAGGUACACCAUUCUCCCUUGGCCUUAGCUCCCAUUUUACAGAGUUCUCUCU